AUUUCUUCCUGGACUCCACUGACCUGGAUACACAAACAUGCACAACAACACUGCCGAAACUCCACACGUGGCUGGAAUGUGCAAUGAGACUUCAUGCACACCACCACCGAGCUCUGAGUUUUCACUGGGUGUGUUGGUGCUGCUGGCUUUCCUCAUGGUGCUGCUAGCUCUGGUCACCAUCCUCGGAAAUAUCCUGGUAAUCCUUGCUUUCAUCACAGACAGAAACCUCAGGCAUCGGAGUAACUAUUACUUUCUCAAUCUUGCCAUUUCUGACUUUGCAGUGGGUGCAUUCUGCAUACCUCUGUACAUCCCUUACAGCCUGACGGGGAAAUGGCACUUGGGAAGAGGUGUCUGCAAGCUCUGGCUAGUUUUGGACUAUCUCCUGUGCACAGCUUCAGUGUUUAGCGUUGUUCUUAUCAGCUAUGACCGUUUCCUGUCAGUUACUAAAGCUGUAUCUUACAGAGUCCAGCAGGGAAUAAUAUCCAACCCUGUCAUCAAAAUGGUGGCCAUCUGGGUCUUUGCCUUCCUCCUCUACUGCCCAGCAAUCCUCUUGUGGGAGUGGGUUGCUGGACACAGCGUGGUAGCAGCGGAUCAGUGCCAUGCCGAGUUCUUUUACAACUGGUACUUCCUCCUGUCUGCAUCCACCCUGGAGUUCUUUGUCCCACUGCUCUCGGUCACCUACUUCAAUGUGCACAUCUUCCACAACAUCCAGAGGCGCCAGAGGCACAGCAGGACACGGCAACGUGAGAUUCCAAGGAGCAGGAACAUGUCUUGGAGAUUUCGGCCACUGCCAAGGCCAGGAGGGUCUCCACUGGAAGCAGAGGACAGUGCUUCAUCAUCCAUGAGGCCAAAGAAAGAGUCUUUGGUAACUGAGAGCUCCUCUCCAUCCAGAGGCAAUUCUGUAACAGCAGAAAAUGACUUUUCUGUUUCUUUCUGUUCAAGGGCCAGCUCAAAGCUGCAGCGGGACAAGAAAAUAGCCAAGUCUCUUACCAUCCUUGUGUGUGCCUUUGCCAUCUGCUGGGCUCCCUACACUUUCCUGAUGAUUAUUCGUGGGGCCUGCCAAGGAGCCUGUGUUCAGGACUCUCUGUAUGAAAUCACCUUUUGGCUUUUGUGGAUCAAUUCCUCUUUGAACCCAUUUCUCUAUCCUCUCUGCCAUGUUAAAUUUCGGAUGGCUUUCAUGAAAAUAUUGUGUCCCCGAAAGCUUGCAACAUUGUCAUCACCUAACACAUCUUAUUUCUAG